GGGCCGACUGCAGGGGCCGCUAACGGUCCCGCGCCCUCGGCGUCCGCGCCCCCCGCCCGCUGACGACGGCGCCGGCGGCGAUGGGGGCGACGGGGGCGGCGGAGCCGCUGCGCUCCGUGCUGUGGGUGAAGCAGCAGCGCUGCGCCGUGAGCCUGGAGCCCGCGCGGGCGCUGCUGCGCUGGUGGCGGAGCCCGGGGCCCGGAGCUGGCGCCCCCGGCGCGGAUGCCUGCUCUGUGCCGAUAGCCGAGAUCAUCGCCGUGGAAGAAACAGACGUCCACGGGAAGCACCGCAGCAGCGGCAGGUGGCAGAAGAUGGAGAAGCCGUUCGCGUUCACAGUCCACUGCGUGAAGAGAGCUCGGCACCACCGCUGGAAGUGGGCGCAGGUGACUUUCUGCUGCCCAGAGGAGCAGCUGUGUCACCUGUGGCUGCAGACCCUGAGGGCCAUGCUGGAGACGCUGACGUCGAGACCAAAGCAUUUGCUGGUGUUUAUCAACCCGUUUGGAGGAAAAGGGAAAGGCAAGCGCAUCUACGAGCAAAAAGUGGCGCCAUUGUUUACGCUGGCCUCCAUCACCACCGACAUAAUCGUUACCGAACAUGCUAACCAAGCCAAGGAGACUUUAUAUGAGAUUAAUAUAGAGAAAUACGACGGCAUCGUGUGUGUCGGCGGCGACGGCAUGUUCAGCGAAGUGCUGCACGGCCUGGUGGGCAGAACGCAGAGGAGCGCCGGCGUGGACCAGAACCACCCGAGGGCCGUGCUGGUGCCCAGCAGCCUCCGCAUCGGCAUCAUCCCCGCAGGGUCGACAGACUGCGUGUGCUAUUCCACGGUGGGCACCAGCGACGCAGAGACGUCGGCUCUGCACAUCGUGGUUGGGGACUCGCUGGCCAUGGACGUCUCCUCCGUGCACCACCACGGCACGCUGCUGCGCUACUCGGUGUCCCUGCUGGGCUAUGGCUUCUAUGGGGACAUUAUCAGAGACAGCGAGAAAAAGCGAUGGAUGGGUCUCGUCAGAUACGACUUUUCAGGCAUAAAGACCUUCCUCUCCCAUCACUGCUACGAAGGGACGGUGUCUUUCCUGCCUGCACAGCACACAGUGGGGUCUCCGAGGGACGGGAAGCCCUGCCGAGCCGGGUGCUUCGUUUGCAGGCAGAGCAGGCAGCAGCUGCAGGAGGAGCAGAAGAAGGCUCUCUACGGUUUGGAAAACGCUGAGGAGGUGGAAGAGUGGCAGGUCAUCUGUGGGAAGUUUCUGGCCAUCAACGCCACAAACAUGUCCUGUGCUUGUCGCCGGAGCCCCAGGGGCCUCUCCCCGGCUGCCCACUUGGGAGACGGGUCUUGCGACCUCAUCCUCAUCCGGAAGUGCUCCAGGUUCAAUUUUCUGCGAUUCCUCGUCCGGCACACCAACCAGUGGGACCAGUUCGACUUCACCUUCGUUGAAGUUUAUCGUGUCAAGAAGUUCCAGUUCACAUCGAAGCAUGGGGAGGACGAGGACAGUGACCUCAAGGAGCAGGGCAAGAAGCGUUUCGGGCAGAUCUGCAGCGAACACCCCUCCUGCUGCUGCCCAGUGUCCAGCAGCUCCUGGAACUGCGACGGGGAGGUGCUGCACAGCGCGGCCAUCGAGGUCAGGGUCCACUGCCAGCUGGUUCGACUCUUUGCGCGAGGGAUCGAGGAGAACCCUAAGCAAGCACCGCACAGCUGAGACGUCCUUACACACCAUCCACCUCGCGCUUGGGAAGUGUGAAAGUUAUUUAAGAAAUUUACUACAGACCAAUUAUGUUGAUAUAUACAUUUAAAUUUUAGAAAUUUAUUUUUGAUAGUUAAAUCUUGAUUUUAGAAAAAGUACUUUUUUGUCAACAAUUUCUUGUACACACUUGGCAUUUUAAGUUGUGUGUGCAUCUGUGGGUUGCCUCUCACAUGGCCCAUUCUCAGCACGUUCUUCCUGUUGAUUUGGGGGCAUUGGCUUCUUAGAUUUCGACAAUAACAGUGUAGUUUUAAAAAUGGCCCAUUAGUGGCUCAAUUGCAAUAAUUUUAGGGACAUUAUGAGUGCUUUCCAUGAAGGUCACACUAUCUGGGCAUGAGGUGGCCACUGGGUCUCUCUGACCCGCUUGGCAAGACUACUCCGUAACUGCGUGUGGCCAAGUUCCCGAAAGCGGCGGGUUCUCUUUGCCCUCAUCCGCCUUUGUCUCACGUUGUGACAGGAUGCUGCCGUACUGGCAGCGACAGCGCAACGCAGUCCUGCGGUAGCGACGCUGCGGGAGUCAGACCGUCGCGUGCACAGGAGGACGCUGGCACGAGAUGCGUGGUCUCCAGAGCUUGCGCCCAGCCCCAUCCGGCUGUUUCUGGGACAAAGCAACUGGGAGCACGGACUCGGCGCCCGCUCGGCAAACGGAUCAGGAACCCUGGAAACAGGCAGCGUGUGAAGCACUUGCAAGCUUUUUUACUGUUUUAAAACAUAAAAUGCCGAUGCUCUCUAGCGACACACAGUGCAAGACGCAGCGGGGCUUUAUGGGGGACACGGAAGCUGGCACGCGGUGGCGGGGCCGUUCCGGGUUCCAGCAGGAUUCCUGUGGUGCAGGGCCCUGACAUCUACACACAUGGUCCGGAUUCAUUCUGUUCUUCGUCGUGGGCUCUAUGUAUUUAUUGAACAUUUUGUCCUUUUAAACCAGAAUAGCGUAAGUGGUGUCUUCACCGUUGGUAUUCUGUCUCUUAACCGUGAUGGAGCUUUCAUUUUUUGCUGAGGCGCUGGGGCUCCCGUGACCACGGGGUUCCUCCCGGAAGGCGUUCCUGCUCGGACCCGGCCCCCAGCGCACCGCUGCGCCCCGGCUUUGUGUGCAGUUCUGCUUGUGUCUAGGAUAGGAUGUGAGUAACUUAGUUUUAUUUGAAAUGCAACAAUAUGCAGCUGAAGCUUUGAUUUGUAGAGCGGGGAACACUGGACAGUUACAAGAGCACAACUGCAGACUGACCUGCGAUGCCGUCCGUGGAUGGUCCACGGCUUCCAUCAGCGGUUUCAGCGUUUAACAGUCGGCAGAAUUCCCUUGCACCGAUUUAUAUUUUGAAGUAACACGAAACUCCUCGUUUUAUCCUCCAGCCCCACCCAGGGCAGACAAGAGGCAGCUUUAACAGUGGUUUUUUUAAUGGACCGUUAUCAAAGAUAAUUGUGCAAGCAGACUGGUUUAAUAAUUGAUGGUUGAAUGAAAAAUCUGGGUAAAAAGAGUAAACAUACCCGGCUGUUUCUAUCAGUGCUUGUUCCUGGUGGGGAAGAAACCAAAGAUAUGAGGCCAGCAGCUCUGCCUGCCUGUGCCCAGCUGGCAGUGCCCUGGGGCGCCCCGUGUCGUGCCAGGAGCGUGGGUCGGGAGGAGGGCUGCUGAGGAGGCCGUGGGCUUCCCUCGGCCUCUAGAAUUGUGCUAAAGAUUUAGCACAACGUUUCCUCAAAAGAUUCUUCAAAGUCUUUAUUGUCCCUGGUAAGUGUUUCCCGUACACUCAUCGUCCUAAAAUCCACUGCUCCGCUGUCAGUCUUGGAAAAAUGGUCCCGGCCCAAGAGCAAGCGUUUCGUGUUCAACGAGAAACCCGGCCAUUGCACACGGCUGGUUCCCAGAUGGCGCUGGUGGUCCUUACUGCUGACAUUCAAAUGGCAAACCUGGAGACUGCGGUUGGGUGCCGUGUGCGUGUCUCACACCCCCUGAAAGCCUCUUGGUAUCCGCGCACAGGAUGGGAAGUGACCGCUCGGAUGUUCCUGUGCAAUAGGUUCUGGUACCAGGAAGCCUUUUAGAUGUGGCAACCACGAUGCCUACGCUUUGGGGUUUUAAGGGAAAAAAAAAAUCAGAAGUGACGGUUAGACAGUGAAAACGUGGGAUCGCUUAGACGUUAGUCUGUGUUUUAACUUCCUUUGCGGCUCACUGGCGCAAAACAACCGGGCAGCGGCCAAGCGCCGGCGCCGAGGCUCGAUUAUUCCAACCAGGACGCCAGAGCGCUGCGGCCCCCGCCUCUGGUUGGCGGCUGGUCGCGCCCCCGAACACGAUCUUGCACGACUGGGAGAUGCGGAGGGAGAGGGUGGCUGAAUUUUCCUUCUAAUCUUGCUGGUUUCAAGAUUAGAAAAUGGCAUUACCUGAUCUGUUUGAGAAGACAAAAAUAAAGUUAC